AUGAGCCAAAUUUUAAGACCGUUCACGCGAUCAAUUAAUAAUAAUCAUCAUACAAGAGCGUCAAUUUCAUCACAAAUACAACAAAAUAAUAGCAAUAUUCGACAUAGUCUCUUUACGCAAACGCAACAGCAGCAAAACCAGCAGCCAUCGCUACCAAAUCAAAUGCCUGCUCAGCGAUUAUCUGUUCCAAAUAUUCAACCUAAUCCAAAUAUACAACAACCACAGACGCAAAUGAAUACAUAUCGAUAUUACGACGACAUGUCAAAUCAGUUCGUAAAUGGUGAAAUUGUAACUAACCGUCAAGAACAAUAUUUUGGCUCUUUUAACGGUUUGGAUGAAGAAAGCACCUCAACUAUUCUCGAAAAUGCUUAUAGAUAA